GCAGAGAUCCGGGGAGUGGAGGAGCCAGCCUCGCAGUGGAACUCUGAGAUGCGCGCGCCAGUGCAUCGGCUCCUGAAAGGGAAACCCGCGGGUCCACGCUGAGGCGAGAAUGCCACCGCCUUCUGGCCGCAGCCUCCUUCUGAUCGGCGCGCUGGGCAUCUUUGCGCUCGACUGCUUCACGAGAGCUCAGAAGAACAGCACGCUGAUUUUCACCAAGGAAAACACCAUUCGGAAGUGCAGCUGCUCUGCAGACAUCCGGGACUGUGACUACAGUUUGGCCAACCUGAUGUGCAGCUGUAAAACCGUCCUGCCUUUCGCAGUCGAGCAAACCAGCUACAGUGACCAUCUGACUAUCUGGUUCACAGACGCAUCUGCACUGGGGCUCCUGUUGAACUUCACGCGGGUCCAGGACCUGAAGCUUUCUCUGUGCAGUACCAACGCUCUCCCCACCGAGUACCUGGCUAUCUGCGGUCUGAAGAGGCUUCGAGUCAGCACCGAGGCCAGGCAUCCCUCCCCAGAACAGAGUUUACUCAUCCACGACGGUGGGGAGAGCGAACCCAGCGAGAAGCCCAUGUUGUUACACCAAGGCUGGCAAACCUGUAUGUACAUCUCCUUCCUAGAUAUGGCGCUUUUCAACAGGGAGUCAUCCUUAAAAUCGUAUAGUGUUGCGAACUCUGCCAGCGUCGCCAACAACUUCCCCUACUUUUCCUACUUUGAAACCUUCCCAAUUCUAAGCGACCAAAGCUAUGUCGUCACAUUCAUUUACUAACACUGUAGCUGCGUCCAGCCUCCGGGAACUCUGGCGCCUUAUGGAUCGUUUGGACAAGGAGUCUGUGAACAAGGUCAUGGGUAUUCCUACCCUCAACUUCGCUUCACCCCCCCGGCCCGCAUUCUGCCAUUCUGCCAGCCCUCUCUGCUCCGCCCUUGCCCAA